AGGGGCUUGGACAAACAGAAUAGACCGGAGCUCAGUCGGACACAUGUAGAGUUAUACAUUAACUUGAAGUGUUGAUAACCUGCGACAGUAGAUUCUUUUUGUCCUGAGGGAGAAGACACAGAGUCCAAGUGAUGGGGUCUUAUCCAGCUGUGGCGUUCGCCCUGCUGUUUUCAGCAACUCUGUCCAUCAGUUGUGAUGGUGGAAAGAUCCUUAUCUAUCCUCUUGAUGGGAGCCAUUGGCUUAACAUGAAAAUCCUGGUGGAGGUGCUUCAUUCUCAGGGCCAUCAAAUAACCGUGCUACGUUCCUCCACCAGCUGGUAUGUCUCCGAAUUCUCACCCCAUUACACCUCCAUCACCAUCGCCCAGGAACAGUCCCAAAACAUUGAGAGCCAAGACUUCAUGACCUCUUUCUUAAGGAGGUCAAUAGAGAUCCGGCGGAAUAAAGGCUCACUCUGGGCUUUUGUGGAGUUUUAUAGGAAUAUUUUCAACAUGAUUGGGGAGAACCAGGUAGAUGUGGCAAAACUGGUCAUCAGCAUCUUUGAGAAUAAGACACUAAUUAAGGAGCUGAAGGAAACUGGAUUUGACCUUUGCCUUACUGACCCUGCAUUUCCAGGUGGAGUCCUGCUGGCACAUUAUCUAAAGCUGCCCAUGGUUUUCAAUGUUCGCUGGCUCUUCAAUGGAGAGGCACACUUUGCCAUCGCUCCUUCUCCUCUGUCCUACGUCCCACAAUUGUUCACUGAGUUCUCUGAUAAGAUGGACUUUUUCCAAAGAAUCGAAAAUGUAAUCCGUCAUAUCAUAUUAGUUUACAUGUAUCACUAUGUCUCAAACCCACCUUACCAGGCUGUGUGUGAUCAUUAUUUUGGACCUGAUGUCAACGUCAUGUCUCUGAUGCAGGGAGCUGAUCUCUGGCUAAUGCGGAUUGACUUUACAGUUGAGUUCCCUCGUCCCACCAUGCCCAAUGUCGUCUACAUUGGAGGGUUCCAAGGCAAGCCGCCCAAUCCUCUUCCAUCAGAUUUAGAGGAAUUUAUGCAAAGUUCUGGUGAACAUGGGGUGAUCAUCAUGACUCUGGGGACCCUGCUGGGUGACCUCGGCCCUGAGACAUCAGAGAUCAUCGCUUCGGCAUUUGCCAGCCUCCCUCAGAAGGUUGUGUGGAGACAUAUCGGGAAAAGACCCAACACUCUGGGAAACAACACCAAGCUGGUUGAGUGGAUGCCUCAAAACGAUAUACUAGGUCACCCAAAAACCAAAGUUUUUGUCACACACGGGGGUACCAAUGGAAUUUAUGAGGCCAUCUACCAUGGUGUACCAGUUCUGGGCAUUCCUCUCAUCUUUGACCAGUACGACAACAUGGUGCGCUUGAAGGCCCGAGGGGUGGCUGAGUUUCUUGAAGUGACAACCUUGGAUGUUGAGUCUAUGACAAGCGCUCUGAAGAAUAUUCUAGACCCAGAAAAGCCAUACAAACAGAAUAUGCUCAAGCUGUCACAGCUCCAUCGUGACAAACCAAUAAAACCAAUAGACAGUGCCAUUUUCUGGAUCGAAUAUGUCAUGAGGCACAAGGGUGCAGCACAUCUACGCACCGAGUCAUUUAAGUUGCCAUGGUAUGCCUAUCACUGUCUAGAUGUGAUGGCAGUCUUUGUAGCUUUUGGUUUGUUGAUCAUCGCAUUCAUUUGGAUUUCCUGUAGAACUCUCAUCAGAUGUUUGAUAGAAAGGAAGAAGUCCACAUCCAAGUCCAAGAAGGAAUAGAUGGCUUUCUUCUGAACUGUCUUUGUAAAUUAAACAACCAGAGGAACAAUCUAUUGAUGACAUGUGAUGUUUAAAGUGCAUCAUGAAUUAGUUUCACCGUGUUAUGUUGCGUUUCUUUCCCCCAAUCUCUAAUAUGGAUGUUUCAGUAAUUUUGUCAUCAAUUAAAUGGAAAUUUGAAUGUAGUCAACUAGUCCAAAGGUAUGGAAAUGCUCUGCUCAGUUAGUCAAAAUAUAACAGGGGCCAUUUGUUGCAUUAUCAGCAUUUGAAUUUCAGUAAACUCAUUGGGAUCAAAUAUAUAUAUUUCUGCUUGAUAAUGCCAUGAAUAGUUAUGAAGAAAGUAAAGAUAAACUAAAUAAGUUUAUAACUUCGUACCUUUUGACUUUUUAUUGUUAUCAUUUAUUUUUUCACGUUGUGAUGUCAAUGACAGGAUAGAUAACAUGGCAUCAGUGAUGAAGUGAAGUUACAGAGGAUAGGAGUAGAUAAGAUAAGAGCAGGUACGGCGUGGUCUCAAACUGAUUUAGUGUGUGAGGUUUGAUGGGUAGAGAGUGAAAUCAACUGGUUUGAGAUUGUAUUUGAUUCUUCACGGUGAAGUGGAUGUAAAAAUAUGCCAGAGGGUGAUGUCAAACCUUUAUUUUACAGUUCAUCGUGAUGAUACAUACAAGAUAUUUGCCUAUUUGUCAAAUGUUUUGGUGUAGAACACGCCUCAUAAAGUAGAACACCAAUAAAAAGGGGAUGUGAGCAGGUUCGAGUCUGAGGUUGUCAACUACAGAACACCUCAGAGGACUCGGGUGUGAACCAUAAACUGUCCCAUACUGUAAGUACGAGAAAGCAGAAGUGAAAAAUGAAAAAAUGUGAAAUGUAUCUAUUAAUAUCAUCAUAUAACAUAGCUCAACCAACUCCUGUACUCUCAUUUUCACACAUAAACACUGCACGCCCUGUCGCCGUCAGGCGCUCCAUAGAGAACAAACAGGAAUGACUUCGAUCCCCAUCCAUACCAAGGGCCAGUGAUGAAUACUAAGAUGUAAACAGGAGAGAGGAAUCUGAGCUCACAGUUGAAACUGGCGUGUGGACAGGAUGUUUUAUUCACUGUCUUCUGAAGAUAAGAAAACCAUGCAUGCAAAAAAACCAUCUCCUCUUGCAGGUGAUCUGUGUUGUGAUAGGUGAAAGAAAAGAAGCCAUCCCAUGUGAAGUCCUGCAGGCUCAGCUUUUUUAUUUAAAACCACAGAUUAAUCUACGUGCUGCAUCUCCAGAUUUGUGUUUAAGCUUUGUCGAUUUGCUUACUUGUGCAAAACCGCCGCACACUUUCACGUAGGAGUGAACAUCCACACAUUUGACGGAUGAACAUAAACAUUUGAAUGCACAUGUCCAACUGUCCAAUGUUUUGUACUUAUUGCAUAACAUGCUGUUCUCUACCAAGGUGACCGACCGCAAAAAUGACAACAAGUGUCUAAUCCAUGAAUGAAUCAACCACAAGAUGUUCUGGUUUUGUAUUUGCUGGUCACAUUUUGACAUCAUGAGACCACGACCAGCCUCAAAUGGGAUGUAGAGCGUCACAGAGCGUCAUCAGCAGGUUGCAAUAAGUCGAUCUGUGAACAGUGUGAGACGUCUAGUCGAGCUGUAAUCAAUGACAACGAUCCUGAGUCAUUCAAAUUUAAAUAGUUUCAAUAAAAAGUUUGAGAUACAGAGAUCCCCAUAGUAUGCUUCUAAUUAAACACCAUACUUUCAUGAUAUAAUAUCACAGUAGCAUGAACCCUUUUUGUGAGCAGUGUAUUUCACAUCAUUCAUGACACGAGUUACUGUAUUACAGUUAGAGUGAUACAAGAGUGCGUCAUCAUUCACACGUAUAUGAAG